CCGCGGGUUCCUUCGCUGCGAAGAAAAUGGCGGCGGCGCCGAGCGGGGACGGGGAGAGGCUGGAGGAGAAGGCGGAGGAGAACCUGGAGGGGCUGCGGGAGCGUCCCCCCAAGGCCAAGAAGGCCAAGAAGGAGCGUCGGGAGGAGCCGGAGCCCCCCCAGCCCCCGCCGAGCCCCCCGAAGCCGGCAAAGCCGAGACCUCGGAAGGUGCCGGGACGGCGCCGGCGGCGCCGGAGGCUUCGGCCUCCCCCAAGCAGCGACGCUCCAUCAUCCGGGACCGGGGGCCCAUGUACGACGACCCCACGCUGCCCGAGGGCUGGACGCGCAAGCUCAAGCAGCGCAAGUCGGGGCGCUCGGCCGGCAAGUACGACGUCUACCUGAUCAACCCGCAGGGAAAAGCCUUCCGCUCCAAGGUGGAGCUCAUCGCCUACUUCGAGAAGGUGGGGGACACCUCGCUGGACCCCAACGACUUCGACUUCACCGUCACGGGCCGGGGCAGCCCCUCGCGGCGGGAGCAGCGGCCCCCCAAGAAGCCCAAACCCCCCAAAGGCGCCGGGGGCACGGGCCGGGGCCGGGGCCGGCCCAAGGGCAGCGGGGCCGCCAAGCCCAAGAUGGCGUCGCCGGGGCCGGCGGAGGGCGCGCAGGUGAAGCGGGCCAUGGAGAAGAGCUCGGGGAAGCUGCUGGUGAAGAUGCCCUUCCAGGGGGGGCCGCCGCUGCCCGGCCCGAAGCCGGGGGCGGCCGCCACCACCUCGGCGCAAGUCCUGGCCGUCAAACGCCCCGGCAGGAAGCGGAAAACGGAGCCGGACAGUCACGGCGUCCCCAAAAAACGGGGGAGGAAACCGGCGGGAGGGGGUUCGGCGGGGCCGGGGGGGGCGGCGGGGGGGUCGGCGCCCGAGGCCAAGAAGAAGACGUCGGCGCCGCCGGCCGUGCAGGAGACGGUGCUGCCCAUCAAGAAGAGGAAGACGCGGGAGACGGUGGUCCUGGAGGCGCGGGAGGCGGCCAGGCCCCCCCCCCCGCCGUCGUCGGCGCCCCCCGAGCGCCUCCCCGGACCCCCGCCGCCGCCGCCGCCGCCUCCCCCCCCCACCCCCGCCGGCACGGGGACCCCGCGGCGCCCGCGGCAGCCCCAAGGGACGGGGGGGGGCGGCCCCCACCCAGCCGCCGCCGCCGUCCCCCCCCCGCAAGAAGGACCGGGGGGGUUCGUCGUCGUCGUCGUCGCCGCCGCCGUCGCCGCUGCCCCCCGACCCCCCCGCCAGCCCCAAGGACAGCGCCAGCACCACCCCCCCCCCCCCCGCCGCUGCCGCCGCCGCCGCCCCCCCCCGCAGGACUUGAGGGGGUGCUCGGAGGAACGGGGGGGUCCGGCGGCCCCCGACGGCUGCCCCAAGGAGCCGGUUAAGACUCACCCCCCCCCGCCGCUGCCGCCACCGCCGCCCCCCCCCCCGCCACCGCCGCCCUACAAACACCGAGGGGAGGCCGAGCACAAGGACGCUGCUUCCUCCUCAUCCUCCUCAUCCUCCUCCUCGUCGUCUUCUUCAUCCUCUUCCACCUCCUCCUCCUCCUCCUCCUCGGCGCCGCCCCCCCCCCAGCGCGCCGCGGCCCCCCGGCCGGGAGGAGACGGUCGACACCAGGACGCCUGUCCCCGAGCGGGUCAGUUGACUGUCACCGGACGGACGGACCCACGGACGGAUCCCCUCCUCUGACCCCCCCCUUCCCCCCCCGCCCCGUCACCCCCACCCCCCGCCAUCCCUCUUCCCCCCCCUCCCCCCCGCGCACGCAGGCAGCCACACGCACCCCCCCAAAAAUAUCCCCACCCCCCCCAAAAAAGAAGUUUUUAUUACCGA